UUUAGCCGCGACAUCGAAUUAAACAAUAAGAUUUCGUCAUUUUUUUAACUUUGUCUCAUCUUAUGACUCAAUCGAUAACAUCGCUGGUUUUUCACACUCGCCUGCUCACUUGAUGUAACUCGGAUUCUUGCUUCUUUUUCACACGUUUUCUUUAACUAUCUUUUUAUGUAGGCGGCUAAUCCCUUGACAGUGACCAUUGCACCAGGUGUGACAACUGGAGAACUCAGCAAGUUUUUUACUGAAAACAACGUGUGUUUUAAAACAGAUGUAAUCCUUGACAAAGUAACUUAUGGUGGAGUAAUUGCACCCGGUUGUCAUGUGAGUUAAUGUUUUUAAAAAGUAAUUUUUUCUGGGAGAAAGUAAAAUUUAUGUUAUUUGAUCUCAUUUUUUAAACUCUGAAGUUAAUAUUUAACUCGGUAGCUAUUGGUCAAAAUAGGUACGCUAAGCGUGCGUGUUUCUGCUCAUUUAUAUAGUCAUCAUGCUUUCAAUAGGGAUGACGGUGCCUAUUUGCCAUUGGAAUAUAUGCAUCUUAUUGGCAGGUGACGUCAUCCUUUGGGUAUUUAAGAAGCCACGAUUGCAAUUUUAGAUAACCCCUAAUGAAGACACCAGUCCGGAGUGUCGAAACGUUGGGUCUUGAUUACAAUUCGACUGGGCUUUGUAAUCGUUUAGCUAAACCAGAGUAGCGAGUGAAACAUGAUACCAGAUGUUGCCAAUACACAAUUGCACAGUUUUGAAAGUCUUUUUACCAAUUGAUACAUGACAUAAACAUUUCUACUGUUUAUAAUUGAUCUAUUUAACUUUAGAAAUGUGGUUGAAGGGGUGAUUGAGCACAAAUCAACUGUGUAUGCCAAAUAAGUGAAUAUAUUAUCAAAUAGGUCACAUAUUGAACACCAUUCAUCAGUAAUAAAUGAUGACAUGCAUGGAAAUUAGAGUAUAAUCGAUGUCUAUAGUUCUUGAAUAGAAUCAGGGCCGUAGCAACCGGGGGGCGGCCGGCGAGGGGCUUCUACUAGUCAUUCUUUGUUAAUAGUCAUUCUUUUUUCAAAAUGAUGCAGACCUUAGCUUUAUCAUUUAAUCUGUGACAAACUGCAAAGAAUGAAGAUAUUACCCAUACUCCAGAUCGUUCCCCGCGCAAAAAUUUUAGCUGAAUUUCUGUCCGCGCAUUUUCAAGAAAAUCCUGCAAAAUGUGCAUAUUUUUUAUGAACUAAUGAUUUAUUUUGUUUUUUGCGUGUUGGACCUUGCAAAAGAAAACUCUGAAAAUGCCAUUUCAGACCAUCUAGAGACUCCCGAUUUUCGAAAUUUUCUCAAAUGUUCCGCCGUAAUUUCCACGCAACUGCCAUUUACGACGAAAAGUUCCCGCCGCGCAAUAAUAAUACUUUGCAGUAUGGCCAUUAUUUCCUGUAAAUUUCGACAUAUUAAAACGCUGUUUUCUGACUAUCAGAAUUCUGUCAAAUUUUCUCCCAAAGUCCAGGAAAUGGCAUUUUAGAGACUCGAAAUUUAAAAAUUUCCUCUGGCCUUCGGCCCUCGCUUUCAGCUUCCCCCCCCCCCCAACCCGCCCCAAUCGAAAAAAGCAUCCUACGGGCCUGAGACUGAUAUAAUUCAGCGUGUCAGAUCGACGGAUUAAUAUUUUGUUUCGUGGAAGAAAAUCGAAUAAACAGAAUAGCAUGUUGAGUUUUGUACACCGUGUGCCAGGGCCGGCGGAAAGUCGAUAAAUGGAGGGGGGGGGGGCUGAUAUUCAUAUAUUCAUGUUCUGCAUCAUUUAUUUCCUUUGCCAUUAUCCAGUACAUUGUGAUUGCUGUUUUCAUCUAUAAACAAACAUACCUUUAUCCCCGAGCAGACGGCGCGAAGCGCCGUGCGAUGGUACUAAUUCCCCCCGGCUAUUUACACCCGGGGAAACGAAAGCAUUAGCGAAGUCUAAAGUUCAUCAAAUAUCGCGGGCGUGGCUCACCAACGAUGUUUCGGGGGUGGUCAUCCUCACUGAUUUCAAAAUAUGCGGCGGACUGUCAUGAAUAGCGAAAACUGAUUGGUCCAUUUUAAAGUUUGUAUUAUAACGACUGCAUGACGACAGGGAAAUAGCAAACAUUUCUUGAUUUGAUGAUUGAUAAAUUUCUUGCAAAUAUAUUUCAUUUUUGUUGGCAUUUUUGCAAGAUUUUGUAAAUUUCAAGAAAGAAAGGGCGAAAGAAUCGGCUAAAAGAAGUGAGCCGACGUUAACGAAGGUAAGUUUGUUUUAAAUAUUGAUUUCAUAAUGGCUUUAAUUUAAAACCCGACAGCCUUUGCGUAUAUGAAACAACUAAACAAGACAGCAUAUAAUUUCAGUGCAUGUUUAGUAAUAUUGAUUCCCUUUUUCAUGAUAUUGAAUUUUUUAGAUAAAGCAGAAGGCAGAGUUAUUUGCAAGCGAGAAUUUGAAAUCAUUUUAUUGCAAACUCAAAGUUUAUCGAUAAAGCCAUUUUAAAAGGCAGUUUUAUAGUUUUUUAUAAAGAACACUAGUGACUUUAAAACGUUUUGCGAAGCGUAUGUGGUUGAAUUUUACCUUAAAUUGAGGCUUAUAUUACGAAUAAUAACAUACCUAACAUAUAUAUGUUGGGAAAUUAAUGAUUUUGUAAUUAAAAGUGAUAUUUUUUAGGCGAUUUUUCAUUUGUGAGAAUAUUCUUAAAAUUAUCGUGUUACCAUGACAAUUACUUCAGAUACUUCAUGUUCGGAAAAUAGAAUGGUUUUGUCAGCAAGGCGAGGGUUUCUGCAUGCUUGCAUUUUCUAGUUUUAGACUAUUUAAUUUAAGGAAAAAUUAUAGUGCUAAAACAUAAUAUACAAUAUGGUAAGACAAUAUAGUAUAUGAGCUAUGUCGGGAAGGGAGGGGGCAUAAAAAAUUGCUUUCCCUUUCGAACAAUGUUAGUUGCAAGCAUCGGGAUGGACGAAGGAUAGAGCACCCUCUCUAGUAUAUAUAUAUAUAUAUAUAUAUAUAUAUAUAUAUAUAUAUAUAUAUAUAUAUAUAUAUAUAUAUAUAUAUAUAUAUAUAUAUAUAUGUCAUGAAUGCUUUCAAGAAAGAACAUCACUAUAAAUAUUUAUGGACAGUAAAUGGAAAGGUAUUAUUGCGAGAAUCCGAUAGUUCGAAAAUUCAUGGUUUUACUAGAUUAGAUGAAUUUAAUAAUUUUGUUAAUAAUCAAUGAAGCAGUAACUACGUGAGUAUUGUUGUAUGAAGUUUUAUAAUGGCGGAUUGUUUGGAUUCUUUUGUUGAUCUGAUUCGGUUAAUGACGAACCCGAAUAAGUUUGAUGAGAUUGAUUCAGAUUUUAUGCUACAAUCUUGAACAUAACUUGUUGAGACUAUAGCUAUUUUCCCCCUAUAGAAUAUUCGCGUAUUUUUAUGAUAAACUCCAUAUUGAAUCAUGCUGCCAUUCUUAACCCCCCGCUCCCCCAACUCAAUGUUGAGCUUGUAUCAUGGUAUAUUACCAAAAGUCGUGUUGGCGUUGUUCACAACAUUGAACUGGGGAAAGAGACAAAGUUUGUUUUGUCAAAGUUCAAUAACAUUGUAAUAUUUGCUGGAAUGGUCUCAAGGGUUUUGUCCAAUAUUGUAGAUCAAGUAGUAUCUAGUUAUUAUACAUGUGAAGAAACAAAUCGUUUAUUGAAUAACGCUGGGACAAAUUCACUAGCGGUAAUGCACUUUAAUGUUAGGAGCCUACCGAAAAAUUUAGAAUUACUGCAUGACAUAUUGGCUUCAUUUAAAAGAAAACCUGACAUAAUUGCUGUGACAGAAACUAGACUCAAUGAUAAUACAGCGUGUAAUGUAGAUAUAACGGGAUAUAACUUUUCUAAUGUUAACUCGCCAACAUCUGCUGGAGGAGUUGGAAUUUAUAUAGCAAAUAAUUUGAAAACCAUAAUUAGGCCUGAUAGAGUGAUAAAUUGUGAACAAGUCGAAUCGUGCUGGAUCGAAAUUGAUGCAAGUCCUAAUAAAAAAGAUAUAUAAUUGGUUGCAUUUAUAGACAUCCGCAUUAAAAAAUAGCGGCUUUUACAGAAAAAUUAGAUAAACUACUUGGACAAUUUAAUCAAAAUAAACACCAAGUAUUUAUAUUGGGUGAUAUGAUAAUCAACAGACGCAGAGGCACUUAUAAACAUGCUAUAUGCAAAUCACUUUUUACCCAUUAUAACAAAACCGACAAGAAUAACUAAUUAUACUAAAACAUUAAUUGAUCAUAUAUAUACUAAUGCCCCUAUUGAUCAAAUCCUCUCGGGCAUUGGAUUAAUAUUUGAUCACUUACCAAUUUUCUGUGUUGUAAAUACAGAAAUAAAAAGGGUUAAAGCUAAAGAAUUAUAUAGAGAUUAUAGUACCUUUAACAAUGAGCUAUAUAUUGAGGAUAUUAAUAGUGUUGAUUGGAAUGGUUUAAUAGAUGAGGAUAAAUGCUUAAACGAAAUAACAAAUAGUGUUAUAAAUACGAUUAAUCAAAUUGUAAAUAAACAUGCUCCAUGUAAAGUAGCUUCCCAAAGUUUAAGGAAACAACUUUACAAACCCUGGAUAACUAAGGGAAUUCUAAAAUCAAUAAAAUUUGGACACAUAGUAUAGCCAUUGUGGGUUUCAAUGGGUUUAAAUGUUCACAGUUUGUAUACUUUAUAUUUUGUUCAUGAAUAAUAUGUUCAGAUUUUUUUGAUUGCUUUAGAAGAGAUUGUUUUACUCUCAUAAGAUGUUCAUUCGCCCUCAUAUCAAGAGAUUCAUUUGCUCUCAUAUUAAGAGAUUUAUUUUCCCUCGUAUAUAGAGGUUCAUUUGCUCUCAUAUUAGUCAUAAAAUAGGUUAUUUGCUCUCAUAAGAGGUUCAUUUGCCCUCAUAUCAAGAUGUUUAUUUGCCCUCAUAUAAAGAUGUUAAUUUGCCCUCAUUUUAAGAGGAUCAUUCACUGAGUCAAAACUAACAGAAUUCAGGUUUAUUGUACUUACCAAUUUGGUAAGCCGGAAGAUCGAUAAUAGCGGGUGCAGAUAUUCAUAUAUUCGUGUUCACGUACUGUAAAAACAAUCGAUUUCAAAAGAAAUUAAUUGGGCAGAACGCGAAUAUAUGAAUAUCUGCACCCGCUAUUAUCGAUCUUCCGGCAUCCCUGUUACCAAAUCAUCAUAAGUUUCCAUGUUCGAGACGCUCAACGGCACAGAACCGAGAAAAAAGUUUUUACUAUUCGAUAACAUUACGUACGAUUCUUUCGAAGAGACGUAGAAAAAAUGGCGUGAUGAAUAUCACGAGUCACGUUACUCACAUGACAUGAGCUCGUCCCUGGUCUUCUGGAAGGCCAUGGCCAUGUUUCCAUAAUUCCAUCCACCAAACCGACGUGACGUCUUUUCUCAAUUUUCAUGUAUUAAAAGAUAACAGUAUGGACUUUCGUCGACGCUGCAUAAAAAUAGUGUCGGCUCGUAAGCUUCUUCCCGCAAAUUUAGUUUUUCGACGUUUGGCUUACAAUUUCUAAGGAUGUUUAAGUUUUCUGCAUUGUGAUUUACUGGUUUUUGAAAGCAUUGGGGUAAUCUUUGUUGGAAGUUACAUUAUAUAAUAACUCUUCAACAACCUAAUAACUGUUUUUAAAGCAAAGCAAUUGAAGGGAAAACUUACAUCUUUAUACGAAGAAAAUGAGUGGCGAUAUUUAUGUUGUACUGUUUUGAGCAGAUGCUUCGAAGAACAUGAUAUGAUCGGACCUUGUAUCUUAAAAGUGUACUUGGGACAGCCGAAAAAAGUGGUAAAUUGUGUUACCCGACGUGUUGGGCGUCAUAAUUCACAGGAAUAGUGCACCGUGACGUUUGAACUGGCUAUGAAAUAUCAUGAAUACUUCGUCUUUUCUCUACCGCCAUGUGACCUGUAGUUUAAUGUGGCACGCGUCUUUGAAAGGUCUUUACUUGACUUUUAUCGACGUGUAAGGUAUAACUAAAGCAAGCCAACAUUUUUUUGUAAUGCAAGCUACAUUUUCAUAUCUCUAAUGUGUGAAAAUUUUUAAUUUUGUAAAAAAAUAAGCGCAAUAUGUCGUUGGAGAAAGUAUCGAGUGCUUCAUUAUAACGCUCAGAUCUUGUAUACAGAUAUUCGUAUUUUGUUCAAAUUAAAAUCUACCCUUUAUCCCCACUUUUUUUAUUCUUUUAUGUUAAAGUAUACAUAAUCCUUGACUUAAAAACACGAUGAUCUACUCGAGGAAAUUUGAGAAAAGGGGCGACCUUUGCAGAGAAACUUGACCGUUAGGUAAAAUUGGUAGUUCAGAGAUUCUAUUUUCAUUCUAGUAUUUCGUGGCAAUUUGUUGGCCUAUUUCUAGUUUAUAAUGUAGAACGGGUCCAUACUUAAUUAAAUUAACCGUCAAUCCUCUAUGGAGUAGUAAUAAGCGCGACUCAUUUAAAUUACUGUUUGCAAAGAAAUGAUCCUAUAUCAUCACAAAAAUUCAAGCUCCACCUUAUCACAACCCGCACACCCAAUUACCUAUAUAUACAUGAACUUAUGGUUACAGCUCAACAGCUCUGGCCUCUGUAGCUCAGUUAGUUAGAGCGCUGCACUGGAAUCGCAGGGCCGUAGGUUCAAUUCCUACCAGAGGACCUUGUGCUGCAUUUUUCGCAGUCGUUCCUGGUUAGGUCUUAAAAUGUAUAUAAAUUCUCACUCGGAUUACAAACCCUAACUUUCUAAUAUUAAUUCCACCAAGUGAAGUGCAAGAAUCUAAGUCAUUCAAGUCCACGUACCUUAUCACAACCCGCACACCCAAUUACCUAUAGAUACAUGAACUUACGGUUACAGCUCAACAGCUGGCCUCUGUAGCCCAGUUGAUUAGAUCUCUGCAUUGGAAUCGCAGGGCCGUAGGUUCAAUUCCUACCAGAGGACCUUGUGCUGCAUUUUUCUCAGUCGUUCCUGGUUAGGUCUUAAAAUGUAUAUAUAUUUUCUUGGAUUACAAACCCUAACAUUCUAAUAUCAAUUCCACCAAGUGAAGUGCAAGAAUCUAAUUUAUUCAAGUUUACCUUACAAAAAUUUACCUUGUUUCCGGACUCCAAUUACAUUGAUUUAUAGAUAGCCUUUAUUUUCACACGAUGCUAAGUUAAUGCUACAAGUUUGUGAGGUCGUCAUAGGUAUUUAAAUUUAAUAGCAAGUUUUUGUCUAAAAUCGCUAAUCAUUUCAUUUUGUACUGCGUAUUAAAUGAAGAAACCCUUCAAAUGCUCGCCAAAGACACCCUUUGCCAGAUUCAGAAUAGUACAUGCAAUGUCGUAGUUUUGACUGCGUUUUAUUUUUAAUUUUAAUUGUAUAUUUUGUAAUUUAUAAUUUCACCCUUCAGUAAACCGCCAUCUUGAAAUUAUUAUAAUUACGUGAUUUGCAUCUAUACGCUGUCGCUGAUUGGCUACGAGCACGCUUACAAACUUCCGGUACGCGCGCGAUAGCAAUAUAUCUGCAUUCGCAGAUACAAAAACGAUAGAAACAUCUCUCUAGAAGUGAACAAGCGCGCUUUAAAUAUUUCCCCGGACCCAAAAUAUUAACAAAAUGUGUUUAUAAACGUUCACUGAGAGAAACCUCCUGAGUAAGUGCUUGAACGUUUCGUUGAUUUCAGGGCGUGGGCAAAGAUCAGUUGGCUGUGUCAGAUUACGUGAAAGGAAUGAGUAUUGUGGGAGCGAAUGGAGUUGAAGUCGAUUACACAUUUCCAUCAAGUGAUCAAGACAACGAUAAUGCCUUAAAGGUAAUAAGGAAUCCUAAAUUUCAUGUUUUUUUCCUAAAUACCCAAGUAGUAUCGCCCCAAAAUAAAUUAGGCUUGUAUGUCCUGAACCAGACCAUUUUUUCCCAUCAAAUCCGCUAUUUAUAUAGUAGCAUUUUGAAGAUUUUUGUCGCAAUAUUUGUAGUAACUUGAGAAAGAUGCCUCGAGUUCCUGAGAAGGCAUGCUGGCACGCUGUGAUAAAAGAUUAUUUACGAAUAAUUAGAACACACUUCCACAGUAAGGAUAUAAAUUUCUUUUCAGUGCAAUAUGGGUUUAUUUGGUGUGAUGACUAGCAUUACUAUGGAGGUUCAACCAAUGGUCAUUGUGAAAGUGGAGAACGAUUUCAGCUAUACUGUUGGAGACCUGUUUUACAAUCCUGCCGCACUGAAACAGCUUCAUGAAAAUAACUGGUCUCUCGAAAUCUUUUGGUUUCCUUUUAACAGUUUGAGCUGGUUGCAGUUGAUCGCCUUGUUCGUCUUGAAAUGUCCAGGUGAGCUUUCUAAAACAACUGGGGUCUAGUUUAAAGAACAACUAGCGCAAAAGCAAUGAAGUUAAAUAGUACAAAGUGAGAAAUAUUGCAAGAACACAUUCCAUCUUAAAAUUUCUUGCGUGUACUUCUCGACCUUCUUCUUUUCCUUUGUUCUAGUGUUUUUGUAUUUAAAAUUUAGACGCCAAAUACGAUUUAAGCCGCAAAGCACUACUGGGUGACAGGAACGUAAAGCCAGCAAUCACCGCUAAACGUAGUAUGGUUUAUAGAGUGUGGAAUUUCUGGCUUCGACGUUAUAUAACAUUCGUAAGGAAGGCUGAUUACGACCAAGGCGCUAUCAAUGCAGGGUCGGCGGUGGGGGGCGCUAGAAAUUCCCCGACAGGGACUAACGCCUCCAACAAAGGCGCUAAGUUUUACACGCAAUAAAUUAUUUAUUUUUCCCAAGAAAGGCUGCAGGGUUCGGGGAUAUGCUCCACCAAGGAAAUCUUUGGUCUUGGGUAAAAAGGUUUGAUUAAACGGAGUUUAUUCCCAAACGAAACACAAAAUUCCCCGACGGGGGAAGGCUAGACACCACCGACAGGGGACUGUAGCCCUUCUAGCACCUCCAUGACGCCACCCCUGUAUCAGUGUUUUAUAGUAUCAGAAUAUCGAUUGCGUUAUAACUUGAAACUAGCAUUGCUUUGUCGAAGACUGCUUUUAAUAACUUCGACACUCGUCGCAUUUAGCGCGCAGUAUACAAUCUAUUUAAAUGAAAGAUUUUUUUCAGAACUAAAACACGACAAUCUGUGGGUUAGGAAGAUAAAUAUUUCGGACAUCCCGAAUAAACCUACCCCGAACCAAGUAGAGUAUGAUAUAAAGGAAGUGCAGGAUUUAAUCUCCACCGCAUUUGGAAGAAGCGUUGCCCCGCAUCUAAAAACAAUUCCUAAAAAAACAAUUCCUAAUACCAUCCUUUCUGAAGGCGCGAUUCGAAAUGGUGCAGACGUUCAAUACAACAACACGAUUUGAGCCCAUGAACAAAGCCAUUCAUUACCAGAGUUUUAUUGAAGUUAUGCCCGUUCUGGACAUGGAGUUUGCUUUUAAUGCUCAUCCAGACACAUUUUCUCGUCAAAACGACGCCAUGCAAGCCGCCAUUGUCAUAACUCAAAACUACUACAACGACCAGAAAUUUCCUCUGAGUGUUGCCAUGGAAAUGAGAUGGAUGGCAUACAGCAACUGUCUAAUCUGUCCGGCGCAUGCCGUACACAAGGAAAAUGCAACAGGUGAGGAAAAUUUGCUUGUAAACAGAAAUUACUCAAAUACAGUGUCUUACUUCGAUCACGAUUGAUGAUCUAUAUAUCAGACACGGAAUGAUGACAUAAUUAUAAGAUAUGAUAUACGCGAUCUUAUGUCACAAGAGAGGUACCUUUUGCAGCCUGAACUCCAUAAACUUUAGUCAUGCCGGUUAAAUUAGAGAAAAUAUGUAUUUAUUAAACGCAGUUAAUUAAUUUAAACUAGUCACUCCCAUCGCACUUUUCGCGCCUGUGUUUUACCUUUUAGCUUUGUCGGAGGACAACCUUAAUGCAAUUAGCUGUAUAUACAGGGUGUAUAAAAAAAAAACUGAAUAGAUAUGAAAUUGGUCUCAACUUCGCAAAACGGCUAUUAGUAUCCAGUUUUUGAUGAAUAUAGCUUCUUUGGGUACUUAUAAUGUAGAAAAAUAAAAAAAAUAUAUAUAUAUAGUUUUUCGUUUUACCUCAAAAAACCACAACAGUCUGUGUCAUCCGUAUAGGAAUCAUCAUGUGGUGAAUAAUUUCGAAAUUGUAGGUUGCUUUUAUGCUAUCGAAAGAAUGUGCGGAAUGCGUGUAGGCGAAACGGAUGAAACACACUGUUGUGGUUUUUUGAGGUAAAACGAAAAACUAUAUUACGCUCUAUCUAUAUGGUAUUGAGCACUGUUUGUGUUUCGUAAACCAAAAUCUUAAGCUAUAUAUAUAUAUAUAUAUAUAUAUAUAUAUAUAUAUAUAUAUAUAUAUAUAUAUAUAUAUAUAUAUAUAUAUAUAUAUAUAUAUAGUGUUUGAUAAUCUUUGUUUCGUAUGUAAAAGAAUUAAACGUUCAACUCAAAUUUCCGAAGGCUGUUGAAGUCCGACUCCGUGUUUAUGCACCUUGUGUAUGAUAGAUUAUAUAAAGACUACUUAACGCAGCUAAACUAUAGAUAAUUUUACUAAUUUUUAACUGAAUGGUGAUCAAGUUUAGCAAGUAUAUUUGAAACGUAAAAGAAGCGGACAUUAAAAUAAACUACCCAAAGUGUUCUAAGAUGUACGUUUUGUCUUAAAAAGCACGUUCGUCAUUAUUAAAUUUGUCAUACCAAAUAAUGCUGACUUAUCACUGCUGCACUAGAUAUGACAAAAUCUAAAUCAGCAUUCAUUGCAAUUUCUUUGAUAGCACAAAAUUCGAGAAGAUUUGAGUAGACUUUUCUACAUCAAUUUUUUCUCCUCCUUCCACUUUCACUCUAUAUCUGACUGUAUGGUCUAACGUUUAAAGCGAAUUAGGGACUGCUCAUUAUUAUUGUACAAAGGGAGACUGAGGAGAAACUCUGCAGUUACAAUAUUUUUCAAUGCCCCCCUCCUAAGACAAGUAAAAUUUUCAAAUUCCCCCCGUCCAAUUGGCAAAACAAGAACAUAAAUUUUAUUUGGUGCUCCCUCCUCCUGAUUCUAGCUCUUUAUUUAGAGAAACAAAAAUAGAUAAUGGGAAACAAUAGACGAUACCCAUUAUAGACUAAAUUUUUAUCUUAGCAAAAAAGUGUAUUUCCGGGAAGAGCAUUUUAAAAUUAGUAAAAUUGCAAAGUUUGGUUGCGAAAUGUUGUAAAAUGUAGAAAACAUAGCCUUCCAAAGUUUGCAAAUUUUGUAUACUUUUGUAUUGCGUGAUGCCGGUAACAAUUUUCGCAUGCAAUACAAAAGUAUACAAAAUUUGCAAACUUCGCAUGGCUAUAUUUUCUGUAUUUUACAUAAUUUCGGAACUAAACUUUGCAAUUUUACUCAUGUUUGUAUGCUCUUUUCAGCUGUAAUUAUUUAUUUGCAUCGCUUUGCCUAGUUUCAAAAUUAGUCUAGUCAUGAACAUAAGAGACUAUUUAUUUGGCUUCCAUUUAUAUUAAUAUUAAAGGUCUAUAAACUUUGUUAUUUGUGAUACAGGUUUAAAACAACUCAUGUUUUUAUUGUUUUGUGAUACAGGUUUAAAACAACUCAUGUUUUUUUUCAAACUACUAAAUCUUUUUAAAGCCUUCCUCCUUUCGUCUCUCUAUAUUUUUUCAAAGCCCCUCUUUCAGGUUUUAAAAAACUUAAAGCCCCCCCCCCUCAGUUUUUCCUCAACCCACCCCCCUGUACAAUAAAUAAUGAGCGGUUCCUUAGGAUGCAUUAAUUUGAAGUAGAAUACUAUAUACCUUUUAUUUCAGAUAAACGAACGCUGUACAUAGAAGUGCUUGGCCUCGCUGGUCAAGAAAAUUGGGAGGACUAUUCCAAAGAAAUUGCCGCUAAAUGGAUGGAUAUGAAAAUAAAUGGCAUGGCACCUCUUCCUCACUGGGCCAAACAGUGGAGUUACCUUGAUGGCAUUGACGACUAUAUCAAAAAGGUAGCCGACAGCAAAAAUCUUUUACAUCUGGAUACAGUGCAUGGACAUUGAGUCUUGACGUAUAUUAACGAGCGUUAAAUUGUCGACAAAGUUCCAGAAAACAAUUCUAUACCAUAACCGGUGUCUUAUCUUGCGAAUUUUCUUUUAAUUUGAUUUCUUAUUUCCUUCACAAAUUGGCUUCUUAAAAAGUUUGCUUCCAACCAUUAGUCCAAAGUUUGUCGUGAUCUUCAAAGUGCACACGCAAGAAAUCUUACAUCUUGUACCAGUCGUCAACAAGUAGUCUUCGCACUGCUUGUCCCAAGUUGUCAAGAAGUGUGGAAGAAGUUGUUGAAAACUUGUAAGAACCUUGUUGAUAUCAUCAGUUUUGUUAUAAGUAUGUUCCAACAAGUUUGAUGCAGUCAUGAUGAAACAAUAUUGUUACAACCUUGUGUCGUCAACCUUGCAACGUUCUUGUUAUGUCAUGACUGUAUCAGACUUGUUAGAACAACCUUGUCACAAGUCUGAUGGUGCGAAGAAGCUUGUUACAAGCUGUUAAGAGCUUGUUCCAAACUUGUUACAACAACUGGGAACAAGUGAUGCGAAGACAACUUGUUGACAGCUUCUGAACAGAUUUAAUUUGUAGACCUGUACGUGUGUAGUAGUGAGAUAGCGAAUAACAAAAACACUGUAGUAGGUAUAGUUAGUUGUGAGAAGUGGUGUAUUAAAGUGUAUCACGUGAGUAAAUUACUUUUUUUUCCGCUUACGACGAUUCCUGAUCAGUUACAACAGUUGGCUUUUUUCUUUUCAGGGGUACGGUGAGAACCUGAAAACAUUCCGAAACCAAGUGACUGAACCUGAAAAGUUACUUUUCUCGAAUGCGAGGCUGAACAAGGUCAUAUUCCAGGAUUCCGAGAAGGUAUGACAUUUACCAUUGCAGGUAUAUUAUCAUCAUGAAUAUCAUGCACGUUCAUCAAAAAUAAUUAACACUGAGUAUGCAUCCAUGCACACCGGGCAAGCUGAAAUGUUUGCUUGGCUACGGCUGGAAUCGAACCAGCGGCCUUUGGGAUACUAGCCCAAAAGGUCGCGGGUUCGAUUUCCAACGUGGCCAAGCAAACAUUUCAGCUUGCCCGGUGUGGAAUGCAUACUCAGAGUAACAUCACAAACAUCAUAUUCACCUGAGUACAUAACACCUACCCACACACACAAAAAUAAUUAACACUACUGACCGAUUCGAAAAUUAGCAACCACAAUUUUGCAUUCUUUAUAUUUUAUGCAUUACCAGGCUGAUAAACCAUCUUUCAACAGAGACAGUAAUUUAAAGCAAAGGGUGAAAGUUUUAGAAUAUGUUAACUGCUAGGGUUUUCAGAAAUGUGAACACCCCUAUUGCUGGCCGGAGAGAAUAUCUAACAAACAUGCUGAUUGAUAGGGUUGUCAAAAUUUCUGACACCCUUAUUACUGGCAAGUGAGAAUAUCUAAAAAAUAUGCUGACUGAUAAGGUUGUCAGAAUUUCUGACACCCUAUUACUGACCAGAGAAAAUAUCUAAAAAAUACGCUAACUGAUAGGGUUGUGACGUUAUCAUUUCAAAUCUCAAUGACGUCAUAAUACAUAAUGACGUCAUCAUUUCAAAUCUCAAAAUGUUAAAAUUCAAGAAACAAAAUGGAGUAUUAAAAAAUUGUAAAUGACAUUCGAUAAAAGUCAUGCAGGAAUAAUUUCCACCAAUAAAAAUUUUCAUGUCAUGUCACCUCAAAGAGAAUACGUGGUAUUAUAUUUAUACUUUACAAAACUGUUAGUCUUAAAGUAUUCUGUAAGGCGGCAGUGAUUGCCUUGGUCGAAAUUAAUUUCGGGAGAAGAAAAGCGUAACAACCUUUUUUCUAAUUGGUUUAUGGUAUACAAAAGCAUUAUAAAAUAUUUAGCAUCGAUAUUGAUCAUGUCUCCGCAGGUAUGAGGUGAAAUACUCAAAAGGUUACCUCCAAAAGCAGAAAUUGGAAAAUUUUGCAAACAAUUUAUCUAUUAUUCGAAUUAUUAUUUUUUCAUUAUUUAUUUAUUUUUAUUAUAUAUUUGUCUUAUGUUAGGGUUCUAAAACACAGCUUAUUUCCUGCAGGAAGUUUAUCUGACUUUAGUUACAUAAAUGAAAAGAAUUUACGUGUUUACUUACUUUACCUUUCUACUUUUCAGAAACAAAUAUCUGUCCUCCCGUAUCCCCAUCCAAUGUAUAGGAUCAAAUGCUAUCCCCAUUCAAUGUAUAGGAUCAAAUGCGAGAGAGCGAACAAGGAAACGAGAAACUUAGGCUUUUAAAAUGUAUAGAAUGAAGUCGAUUAAACUGCCUUAUUUUGUACCGCUAUUAGAAAGGUGAGAAGCGAAAGAUCAAAAAAUCAAAAACCUCCGCCAAAGCACCUGAAAAUGACGCUCUUGUGAAAAAUUCCGAGAUGAUAUUCAAAGAUUUGGAUAAGCACGUAGAAACCUGGAAGAAUUUUUUCAUGACAUUGGGAGAGCAAGUGUGGAAUGUUCCGUUCAAAUUCCCUAAAAUGGAUAUUCAGAGAGAAUGGAAGAACACCGAAGCAAUCUUGCAUGAGGUAAAACACCUCUUUCCUAAACCGUGCAGAAAAUAAAUUCAAACUUGUCAGAUUUUGGAUAUCAACCCAAGGAUUCUGGCUUCUAUAAGUUUCAGUGCUUUGGAAUCCGGAUUUCAAAUUCAAGGUUUCCUUUACAUGUUAUCCGGAUCCCAUGCUUAACAUUAUUGAUACAAAAGGCUAACGUUUGCUGGAGCUGAGAUUUCGUUGGACCGUUACUUAAAGUGGAUCCUUGAACUUAACGUAAACAUAACAUAACACAACACAAAUUACAACUUGAGAGCAAAUUAAUGUAAAUUAUGUAAUUAUUGUUAUCCCAUAUGAUAUUGUUUACUAUUUAUAGAGUAAACCAUCGAGUUCCACAAAUUAUCAGCAGCAUAAAUUUUCAACCAAAAAGUACAUCUAUGCAAAAUUUAUGUACAGCGAUUUCCAUCGCUAUGGUAGAAUACGCUAAAGAGAGAGCUCAUUCAAAACAUUAUUCUUUGUCGUUGUAUGUAUUCAAUGCCUUUUUAUUCUUCAUUGCAGAUAAACAAGAAGUAUAACACGUUCCAGGUCAAAGUGUGA